CUGAACGUCAGACGAUCACGCGACCAAUGAAAGUGGCAAGAAUAGGUGGCAUGUAUUCCGCCCCAACCAAUUGCAGUUAUUUAAAGAAUCCAGUGGCAUAGGUAAGUAGGUGGAAGCAAGCGGUAAAAGCCCGUUGCCUUCUACUGGUCCUGUUGUACGUCAUGCAUGUUAACUCGUCUGUGCUGCAGCAAAACAAAAGAACGCGGUUGUUAGAGGACAGUUGUGAAAAUAUGACUGACACACAGAGGAGAAAUUCCUACCAAACUAGACAACAAAACCCUGAAGAAAUAGCUGAAACAAGCUUGGACGACGAUAUUUUUGAUGAAUCUUACAAGGAGAAAGAUGGCCCGCAACCUCCAAGACAGAUAGUAUGGAGAAAUGUUGUGUUGAUGACUUUCCUUCACAUCGGUGCUGUUUACGGACUGAUAAUAAUUACAUCCGCAUCUGCCUUGACCGUAUUAUGGACAUGUGUGUGUUAUGUCAUAAGUGCCCUGGGAGUGACAGCAGGAGCUCAUCGACUCUGGAGCCACAGGUCCUACAAAGCUAAACUGCCAUUAAGAAUCUUCCUAGCCAUUGCCAACUCCAUGGCUUUUCAGAAUGAUAUUUUUGAGUGGUCUAGAGACCACCGUGUUCAUCACAAGUAUUCAGAGACUAGUGCAGACCCACACAAUGCCACAAGAGGCUUCUUCUUUGCUCAUAUUGGCUGGCUGUUGGUUCGUAAGCACCCAGAAGUUAUUGAGAAAGGGACCAAACUCGACCUCAGUGACCUUAAAGCAGAUGAAGUUGUCAUGUUCCAGAGAAGGUAUUAUAAGCUGUCUGUGGUGGUGAUGUGCUUCCUCGUACCCAUGUUGGUGCCUUGGUACCUGUGGGGGGAGAGCUUGUGGGUAGGAUACUUCAUACCAGGCCUGCUAAGGUACACUGUGGUCCUCAAUGCCACUUGGCUGGUCAAUAGUGCUGCCCACAUGUGGGGUAUGAGGCCCUAUGACUGCAACAUUAACCCCAGAGAAAACACGUUUGUUGCCUUCAGUGCUGUAGGAGAAGGCUUCCACAACUAUCACCACACAUUUCCAUAUGACUAUGCUACAAGUGAGUAUGGCAGUCGGCUGAACAUCACCAAGGCAUUUAUUGAUCUAAUGUGUUACUUUGGCCUGGCCAAGGACUGCAAGAGGGUGCCUCAUGACACAGUCAUGGCUCGGGUGCGACGCACUGGUGAUAGCAGUCACAAAAGUGGUUAGCUUGUUUUUAAUGUUUCAGAAGCCAAAAUAUAUAAUGACAAGCCAAGCUCACUAUUUAAACAUAUUUUCAGUGAGUGUGCAGUGAAGGUCCUAGUAAUGUUUUCACUUUACAGUGAAGUAGGAAUUCCUUUCUUAAGUUGUCAGACUAAUAUGGGCUCUAGGAUCACACUUCCAUUUUUGUAUUUAUCAGUAUCAAAAUGUGGUCCUUACUUUGCAGAAGAAGACUUUAAUUUGGGAAAAAUAGCUUGCUUCUUCUCUGCCUCAGAGGCAAGAGCUGUAAGAGUAUUUUUUAAACAGUUGCACACCUCCUUAGGGCACUUCCCUGAUAGACAUAGUAGUUGGUCUGCUGUCUGUUAAAAUUCAGCUUUGACUUAAGAAAAUCAUUCCAAUAUACUAUGCAAACUUCAAGUACAGCUUGUAAUAAACAUAGCAUGUGUGUGCUAUUAAUUUCUUGGCACUUUUGGAUUUCAGUCACAAGGUAUUGUGAAACUAACUUUGAAAAUAUUUUAUACUUUAAAGCUAUUCAUCAAAUAUAUGUGUUUAUUUUUUGGUGCAUACUAUCAAUAGACUUUAAACUAAAUUGAACUAUGAUAGUAAUUUCUAUAAUUCAUGUAUAAAAGACAUCUAAACAGUCCUUCAGAAUUAUUAUCUUGGAAGACACUCCUGCAGGCCAGAUGUGGGUUGUUUGCAUUAAAAAUUCUGGCAGUGUUACAACAUUUAACAUAAAUUUCUCUAUUGCCCACUCCAUUUGCCACAGCCCCAAGUUUUCAUCUAUGUGUGAUGAAGUGGAAGCAAUGGAGCAGAGACCAUGUGCCAUACAUAAUGCAUUGGCUCCUGGCUCUCUGCUCCUCUUCAACUCCACCAACAGAUGUUCAGUGAGGUCUAUGUCAGGGCACAAAGAUGUCUAUUGCAAAAAACAAAUUGUUGUAAAUGAGCCAUGUUUGUAUCUGGAAGAUUGUUGUUAUUCAGAGCCCAGAACCCUGACACUGGACAGUUCCCUGCUAGACUCUCACCAAGUCUGCACUUUAAAAAUAUCUUGGAACUCUGUUAUAUCAUGUAACAUCUAUCCUAACAAAGUUGUUAGGGACUUUGGAAGUAAAACAGCCCAAUCCACCAACAAACAUCAUAGUUGGGUUUGUCUUGGUAUGUAUGACCACCUAUCCAUUACCAACCCAGCAAAAAGUUCUGUUUUGGUUUCAAUGAUUUCAUAUGACUACACAAUACAUUCCUAUGGGAAGAUAAACAAACAAUCAGACAAACAAACAAACAAACUUCCAUGUGCUUACUUUUUUGGUAUGAUGAGGGUACAGGCCAGGGAUGGUAUCAAUUCAAAACUAAAAUCAUAGCAUUUGUGGGGUUUUUUUCCCUCUGAGGCCAUACUUCUAAUUGUUUUGGAUGUAAAUGUCUUCAUGCAGGCAGGUUUAACAUCUGUUUACUUAUAGAGUCAGUGAAUAUAUCAGAACUUAUAAUAAUUGAUAAACAUACCUUAAUGAAAAUGCUUGUACAAAUUAUAUUUUAUAGUUUUCUCUCAGACUCUUAAAUAACACCCUGAUGCCCACCAUGUUUACCAAGGAUUUCAAUAAUUUGUGGAGGGUUUGUCUACUUUUCAAUGUGCUUUUGAGAAUUGAGGAUUUUUUUUAAUUAAAGUGAAAACGAAAUUCAGAAGUGUUUUUUUUUUUUCAUUUCAGUUUUGCAAAAUCCUGUAGUUUUGGCAUCAUUGCAUAUGAUUUUACAUACUGGAAUGCAGUAAUCCUAAUUAGAAUAUUUUUUCUAAGGGAAUUUUUCAAGCCUCAUUAAACAAAAUUUUGUGUUUGUUAAAGGUUAUUGUAAUAAUACUGCUGACAGAUGAAUACCAGUGAUGGCCAGUGCCCUAUGGAAAAUAACUGCCAAGGCCUAGUGCUGACAGCCAAUCAUAUUUCUCUGGUGCAUGUAAUCAUGAAACUGCAUUGGAUUCAUGAAAGUGAACUGGGUUCAGUAUGAAAAAAGUGUAAUUUUUUUUUGGUGGGAUUUGAAAUAUUCUUUAAAAUGAGCAUGUUUAUUAAUUUGGCAAACUAAAAUGUACUUUACAAAAAUGGCUUAAUCAUUAUUUGGACUCUACAGUUGACAUAUAUUUAAUCAAAGAAUAACUAUAAUGAUCUCCCUUAAAGUAUUCCAUAAUUACAAAAUAUACAGAAAGGAAGUUAAAAGUAGACAUAAGCUUCCAAAUGCUACACAUACAAUGUAUACUACACAUACGUAUACUUGUUUAUCACAUGAAAACCAAUUUUAUAAAAUUUGUUACUAUUUACCCAUAUUUUAAUGCAAGUAAUUUUCACACUCCAAAAAAAAAUUAUUUUUUUUUUAAAGAAAUGUUGUUUCCACUUUAAGUAACAAUAAACCAACUUUUCUAAAAGGGGUUGUGCUGUGAAAUUUUGAAUCAAUAUUAAUGUCUUCUUCUUAAUU